AUGCAGUUCAAACUCGCUACCGUUAUCGCUGCUCUCCCUUUCCUCGUCUCUGCUUCGCCGUUGGAUACUGCCACGCUUGAUAACACCCCACGGUCUCUCCCAUCUGGCAUGAAGGUACCUAUGCACCGCCGUGCGGACCACUUCACCGGUGAAGAUGGCACCGUCAAUACGGCGGUAUUGCAAGACCAAAUCAAAAACAGUCUUCUGAAAAUGCAACGAGGAUUCGAGGCGUACCAACGCAACACGGGGAAACGGCAUCCUCUGGAUAUGUCCAAUCUUCUCCACGCUCGAAAGAUCGGCGUGGAUGCUCUCACUGACUACUCGAACGUGCUGUGGUACGGCGCGAUUCAGGUCGGGACCCCGCCACAGAACUACACAGUCGACUUCGAUACAGGCUCAUCCGACCUCUUCCUUCCCGGCCCCAAUUGUAAGACCAACUGUGCAGGGCACAAGGCCUACAAUCCGUCGCAAAGUUCCACCUCAAAAGACGUCCACCAGACGUUCCAGCUGGCUUACGGGGACGGAUCCACCGUCCAAGGAGAGCAAUACAGCGAUACCGUCCAACUCUCCGGACUAACCGCCACCAGCCAGCGACUCGGCGCCGCCAACCAAUACUCGACGGGUUUCAAUAAGAACCAGUUCCCGCCCGACGGGCUGCUCGGCAUGGGCUUCCAGUCCAUCUCGCAAUACAAUUCGCCGCCGCCAUUCCAGAGCUUUGCGCAGCAGAAGCAAGUCGACCAGCCAGUCUUCACGUUCCGCCUCACCGCCAAUGCGGGGUCCCAGCUGGAGGUAGGAUCAAGCAGCAUUGCGGGCAAUGCUGUCACGUACACCAAAGGCUACUGGCAAGUCAACAUGGAUAACGUUCUGGUAAACGGGAAGCGAGCUGUUGGACAGCUCUCGGUUAUUAUCGACUCUGGAACUACGCUGGUCAUCGGAGACUCCAAAUCCGUCAAGAUGUUGUACGCGGCCGUGCCUGGGUCUAAGGAUGCUAGCAGGACUGUUGGCCAAGGAUACUACACAGUCCCUUGCAGCGCGAUCCCUACGAUCAGCCUUACAUUCUCUGGGAAGUCCUUCCCCAUCUCCCCCAGCAUAUUCAAUCUCGGACGGGUAUCCCGCGGCUCGAACGACUGCGUCGGCGGGGUUGUAUCUUCAGACAUUGCUCAGAACUUCUGGAUCGUCGGCGACAUUUUCUUGAGGAACGUCUACGCUGUCUUCGACUACGGCAAUGUGCAGGUCGGGUUCUCGCAGGCGAGCUAA